UCGGAAAACUAGCAGAGCGGUUUAGAAUACCGGCAAGUAGUUAGUGGAUAAUCAUAGAGUUGAUUUGUGUAUUGACGCGUAUUGAGAGAAAAAGGGCAAUGGCUUCAUUAUUUAAGAAGAAAACAGUUGAUGAUAUCAUUAAGGAACAAGGCAAAGAGCUGAGAGGUACCCAGAGACAAAUCACUCGAGACCGAGCAGCUUUGGAGAAGCAGGAGAAGCAAAUGGAAAUGGAAAUAAAAAAGAUGGCCAAGACAGGUAACAGGGAAGCUUGCAAGAUCCUUGCUAAGCAGUUGGUCCAGCUGAGGAAGCAGAAGAACCGCACGUAUGCUGUAAGCUCCAAGGUUACCUCUAUGUCCACCCAAACCAAAGUGAUGAACUCUCAGAUGAAGAUGGCAGGAGCCAUGUCCACCUCAGCAAAAACCAUGCAGACAGUAAAUAAGAAGAUGGACCCACAAAAUACAUUAAAGACUAUGCUGGACUUCCAGAAGGAGAACUUGAAAAUGGGAAUGACAGAGGACAUGAUUAACAACACAUUGGAUGAGAUAUUUGAGGAAUCAGGAGAUGAAGAAGAAUCGCAAGAUAUUGUGACGCAAGUUCUGGAUGAGAUUGGAAUUGAGAUCUCAGGAAAAAUGUCAAGAGUUCCAGCAGUAGGCAAGUCCCCCCUUCAUUCAUCCAAGACAAAAACUAGCACCACCAUUUCAGAUGAUGAGAUUGAGAGGCAGCUCAAAGCCCUCGGGAUGGACUGACCGUCUCCUGAAACCCUCAGCUGGUGCAUAAUCUGCAAACUCAUGAGUGCUUCUACAGCCAGCCCUGAGGGCUACCUGAAGUGAAGUGAGCUGGGCAUAGAGAUUGAGAUGAGGAGGUUGGAUGUGGGUGGUAAUGAACUGAUGAAAAAAACUCACACUCUUCAAAGCUGAAACAGAUGUCUGAUGCUUUGUAGACUAGAGGGUUGAGUGUGAUGGGGUUCUCCUGUGUGGGUCUGUUUGCCUGGAAGUGGCAGAUUGAGAGGCUCUGAUAGUUAGGUCAACAAACAAUAUGCUGCUCACUCUCUGCAAAUUAAUAUUGGUAAUUGUUUGGAAAACAUGGUUCUAUGACACCAUGGUUCUAUGGACUGAGGAUGUGACUUACAUUUUAAAUGCACAGUUCCUUACAAUCCCAGAAAAAGAAAGAAAUUAUGUUUUACCUCACCAAAUAUGUUUAGCUAUCUUGUGGUUAUUUUAGGAUGGUACAAUGUCUUUCAUAGCUGCAUACAAGCAUGGGCUUCUGUAGGAUGUAGAGGUCUUUCUACUGGUAGAAUUGACAGUAUUUGUGCAUUAACAUCUUUAUUUUUUGUCUUUAUAGGUAUCUCACUGUGAGUAUUAAUCUUUGUUAUGCUUGAUAGGGAUUCCUUAAACACUUUAAAUUACAUGAUCAAAAUAGAUUUUAAAAACUUGUUUCCCUCCUGUCAUCUAAAGAAAAUAUUUGAAUGAGAAUAAAAAUGAUGAACUCAUGAAAAAAAUGUUGAACUGAAACAAAAUUCUGUGACUGGAAAUAGCAGCAGGGUGUGGCCUUGAACUAAUGUGAGAACUACUUACUGCCAUGCUGAUGCCUGUGCAUGUCAACCUUAACACAGAACAUCUGAUCAUUGUAAAAGUCUAGCUAAUGGUAAUUCUGAGGGUUUUUGAAGUACAUGGACUAUACACAUGGCAAUUAAUAGGAUAGGUCAAGAGGGCAAUUUUACAUUGGUUGAAAGGUUGUGGCCCUUGCAUAAGAAAUCAAAGCGUAAUUUCUGUUCAGCACUUCUCUGAAAAAGCCAUCUGUAGACAGAACAUCUUCAGUGUUGAAGCAAAGCCUUGUUACAUAACACCUAUAGAUAAGUAGCCUGUAAACCAAACUCAUUCACGAAGUUAAUAGAGUCUCACUGACAAUUGUGAAACUUUUCCAACACUUUCAUGGUGACAGGCGUAGACAUAUAGCGUUAACUUUGAAAUCAUUGGUCCAGCCUAAUCAAUCACAUUGAUCAGGGAUUCCUGCUGACGAUACUUCCUACUUCGCCUAAACUUUACAAACUGACAAUAAACAGCAUUGACAGUCAGUAAACAAUAUAUGUGAGCCUACCUUUGCUGUACAUACAUUUACUCAUUCUUCUAACUGCAAUUUUUGAUGGUUGCAGGCGCCGAUACUACCGUUUGCCACAACUACUUUUGAUUUCGAAAUUAUAGCGUCAUCCCCUCUCAUUUCUAAUUAGGCAGAUAAUCUGCCGACUGAUGGAAACGCUAGUGAACUACUGUAUGGUAUUCCCUGAAAGUAAAUCUAGGUUGGCGUGGCAAGGCUAAUAGAUAAGCACUGUUUUUUGGGAAGACACUGUUGAAGUGUUGUGAAUAUAUGAGGGAUGGUGAUCAUUAUGGCGAAAAUAAAGUAAUACAUGAGACUAAAUGAGAAUACUCUUGCAUCGGUGUGACUUGAUCUGUCUGCUCAUUUCCUCUUACUGGAAAAAAAGCAAUAUACUGCACUUAUGUUAAUUUCAUGUCUUGUCUUGUAACUUGAUA